AUGAGUAACAAAAACAACAUCACCAGCGUCGCGCUAGCCGGAAAAGGUCGUUUCGGCUCCGUCGUCCUGGACGAGCUUCUUGGGGCUGGCUUCAGAGUCACUGUCUUGACGCGGUCGGCAGCCGGCAUAACCGGCGUCCCCGAACAAGUCAAGGUCGUCCAGGUGGACUACACCUCCGAGGAGUCGCUGCGAAAGGCAAUCCAGGGCCACGAUGCAGUAGUCUCGACCGUCGCCGGUGCCGCCGUCGCGAGCCAGAAGCCGCUCAUCAAUGCUGCCAUCUCCGUCGGGGUGAAACACUUCAUCCCAGCCGACUAUGCCAUGAGCCUCCGAAGCCCUGACGUGCGGAAGCUGCCUCCGUACACGGACGUUCACGCAAUCGAGGAGUACCUGGAAGCGAAGUCGGGCCAAAUGGAAUGGACGAUUGUCGCUUGUGGUGGCUUCUUGGAGUAUAUCUUCGAUCUGCCAUUUGUAGUUGAUUUCGGUAACCGCAAACUGGACAUGGUGAGUGGAGGAACAGCCCAGUUCAGCACCUCCAAGUUCAUCACGGCAGCCAAGGCCGUAGCCGGCGUUCUCCUUCAACCUGACAGGGUCAAGGAUCAUUGCGUCCAGGUCCAUGCCAUACCGAUAACUCAGAGCCAGAUUUGGGAAAUCAUCAAGAGGAACGAUAAGAGGUUGAGCGAGUGGACAGUCACGGAACAGGAUGGUGAUGCCAAGUUCCAGGCAGGUCUGGAUAUGCUGAAAAGAGGUGAACUGACCAUGGAAGCUGUUUCUACUCUAAUGGCAGGCGCUACAUGGGGUGGCAAGUACAAAGUGGUGUUUGACGAGACUGAUAACGACUGGCUGGGGGUUGAGACGAUCUCUGAGGAGGAACUGGAAGAAAUUCUCAAGAAGAAAAUCGAAGGGGGAAUUUCCUCGAUUGCUUCGGACACGAUUGUAUCUGAGUUCUGA